CUUUUCAAAUGACGUAAAGAAACAUCGGCGGGUUGUGUAACUCGCUAUAAUUUGUAUAACAUCUCGGCCCAUCGCGCUCCGCUGACAGGGCCUGAAAUAUCUCUAUUUUAAGAAAAUAUGGCUGCCUUUCAUUGGUUAAAGCGCAUAACUAAAGGAACCUUUGCUGUAGCUGGGGUUAUUUCUGUGGGCACAGGAGUAGCUGCUGGUGCUGACAUGUCACAGCUGCGAUGGUCGGAGUCACAUACCAUCGGUUCAGCAGCCAAACAUUAUCUUACCUUAAAGUUAAUGAAGUUUUUAGGUGCAUCUAUGAGCAGUAAAAUUGACAAGGAAUCUGAAGACUUUAUGAAGGUACAAGAAGAAUUUCUUAUGAAUGUCUUAAAGGAAAAUAGAGACACAGACUAUGGUAAAGACAUGAGGUUCACAGAAAUUAAUUCAAUAAAUGAUUUCUGCAAGAUGCAUCCUUUGACAAGAUAUAACCAUUUUGAGGCCUAUGUAGAGAAAAUCAAAAAAGGAGAAGAAAAUGUAUUAACUGCAAAGCAGCCACAGAUUCUUGGUGUUACUUCAGGAACAUCCGGCCAGAGUCGUCUUUUACCAACCACAAAGGACAUUGGUGCAACCUUCUUCUUGAAUGGCAUUGCUGUCAUAUUUGACCGUAUGUUUUCUUGGAAAAAGGAGAUGUUCCAGCUUCAACGUGGCUAUAAGAUUUUUUUCACUCCAAAACCCAGAGAAUCAGAAGGUGGAAUUCCUGUUGGCCCGAAUUCCACUAACCCAAAGAACAGUCAAGGCAUUCUUCACAUGUAUUCUACACCAUUGCCUGCAUAUGAUAUAAUGACUGAGCCAGAAGCACUGUACGUUCAGUUACUGUUUGCAUUAUCUGACAGGAAUUUGGGCAUGGUAGAAACAAACUUUGCAUCCCUUGUAUACAAUGCAUUCAAGGCUUUAGAAGUCCAUUGGCCUGCUCUGGUGGAGGAUAUUGAAAAGGGAAGAGUGAAUCCUGACCUGAACAUCCCGAGUGACAUCCGUGAGAAACUCAACGGCAUUCUCCAAGCCAACCCAACAAGGGCAGAGGAUUUGAAACAGGAAUUCUCUCAAGGAUUUACAGGCAUUGCACAAAGAGUUUGGCCACACUUGAAUCUUAUAUUGUGUACAACAACAGGUUCUCAACAGAUCUAUGCUGAUCACCUUAGAAAGCUGUACUGUGCAGGAUCUGACAUAUACUCUCCAUUGUAUGCUGCUACAGAAGGUCUUCUUGGUGUCAAUAUGCAUCCUGAAAGGGAAAAUGCUGUAUAUAACUUAGUCCCAAGGGCAAUGUUUUAUGAGUUUAUUCCUCUUGAUGAAUCUUCCAAUGAUCAACCUUCAACCCUACUGAGUGAUGAGGUGAAAGAGGGAGAAACAUAUGAGCUGGUGAUUACUAAUAAUAGUGGAUUGUACCGUUACCGACUUGGAGAUGUUGUGAAAAUCAACUCAUUUUACAAGAAGGCCCCAGCAGUUGAAUUCAUGUAUCGGCAAGGACAACUUUUGAAUGUGCGAGGUGAAAAGUUGAGUGAAGAGGCAUUUUAUCGCAGUCUCCAGAAAAUAGCUGGUUCACAGUUGGCUGACUACUGCUGUGCUGAGAGUGCUGCAGUCAAGACUUCAAAGGAAACAGUUCCUCAUUAUGUAGUUUUUGUUGAAUACCAAAAUGGCCAAGUAAUGUCCCAAGACAAAACCUUAGAGCUUGAUGAGGACCUGCGAAAAGAGCACUUUGUCUACGAUUCAUUUCGCACAAAGGGGAGCAUUGCCAUUCCAGAAGUGUACUCAUUGAAGCCUGGCACUUUCUUGGCACUCCGCCAGCAUUUACUUCAACACACUGAUGCAACAGCAAAUCAGUUAAAAAUACCUCGAGUGCUAGUCAAAGAAUCAGCUAUCAAGUUUUUGAUGGAAAAUGUUGUCUAAUUAAGUGUAUAGGAGAUUUGAAAAUCAAUUCAGGGAAUGAGUUCAUUAUUAAUAAAUUUUAAAAGGGUCAAGUGUAUACAGCACUGUAAGAUUAUUUUCAAUAGAAGUAUAGUAAUUCUUACAAAUUUUACCAUUAUUAAGUAUUGGGAUAACAAUUUUAUUUAGAUUGUCUACAUUUAUAUAUAUUGUACUUAGUGUAUAUUUAUUUAUUUUCAUUACUAAACAAGAAGCCUUAUUAUUUAUGGUUUAUUAUCAAAGAUCUCUGAACUGUUUUAUCAUUUAUUUUUCCUUCAUAUGGUUGCCAUCUCUCUCUCUCUCUCUCCCUGUGAAUGCCAGUGAUCUGGACUGGAUAUAGGAAUCAGCAAAAUAGGGUGCAGCAGUACUCUGCCUGUCAAAACUUAGUGUGUGCUUCAGUAUUUGUAAAUAUAGUCCUACUCAUAUUCAUGAGAAAAAUGUAAUUCUUCAAGACAUGUAUGCUGAUGAUUACUACAAGUCCUCUUAAUUUUUAUUUAUUUAUUAUCAGGAGAAUGAUAAGUUAAUAAAGUAUAAAGUUCCUAA